AUGGAGUCAUUCGUCAUCAAGACGCCCUCGUCGAGCGCCAACAUCGGCCCCGGCUUCGAUGUCAUCGGCCUCGCCCUCACCGUCUACCUCGAGCUGCACGUCACCAUCGACCGCUCCAAGACCGCGUCCGCCGAGCCGUUGAACUGCCGCAUCACCUACGAGGGCCAGGGCGAGGACGACAUCAGCCUCGACCCCCAGGUCAACCUCAUCACCCGGGUCGCGCUGUAUGUGCUGAGAUGCCAUGACCAGCGCGCCUUCCCCGUCGAGACCCACGUCCACAUCAAGAACCCGAUCCCCUUGGGCCGUGGCCUGGGAAGCUCCGGCGCCGCCGUCGUGGCCGGCGUGCUGCUGGGCAAGGAGGUCGGCGGCCUGCACCACCUCGACAACGACCGCCUGUUCGACUACUGUCUGAUGAUUGAGAGACAUCCCGACAAUGUCGGCGCGGCGCUGUUUGGUGGCUUCGUCGGCACGUACCUGAUGCCCCUGCAGCCCGAGGACGUGGCUCGCAUCGAGAUCCCCUUGAGCGAGGUCUUGCCUUCGCCGGCCGGCGGCGUCGACACGGGCAAGAAGCCGCCGGAGCCUCCCGUCGGCAUCGGCCACCACAUCAAGUUUCCGUGGGCCAAGGAGAUCAAGGCCGUGGCCAUCAUCCCGGACUUUGUGGUGCCGACGCACGAGGCGAGAGCGGUGCUGCCCGACAAGUACCCGCGACAGGACGUGACUUUCAACCUGCAGCGAAUAGCCCUGCUUCCCGUCGCCCUUGGCAUGUCGCCCCCCGACCCGGAGCUCAUUCAUCUCGCCAUGCAGGACAAGGUGCAUCAGCCGUACCGCCAGACGCUCAUCCCCGGCCUGUCGCAGGUGGUCGAGUCCAUGUCGCCCAAGACGCAGCCCGGGUUCCUGGGCGUGUGCCUGUCCGGUGCCGGCCCGACCAUUCUGGCGCUGGCCACGAGCAACUUUGAAGAAAUCGCGAACAAAAUUAUCGCGACGCUAAGGCAGCACAACGAGAACAAGCAGCUGCCGUGCGAGUGGAAAGUGCUGGAGCCCGCCGAGGGUACCCACGUCAUUCGAUAG